CUUAUAUACAACACUACACACACUUCCUUAGUGGGAGACUGCAGGUCAUUUGUGUGUCUGCGCUGGAGCUUAUCUGAUUCUGUGCCGCUUACUCACCACAUCUCCUGACUCCGUUCAAAUGGGACAGCUGCGUGUUCCACAGCCAUCAACUGGUUAUGCAAUCAGGAUCAACUCCAGAUUACUUUCACACAUUAUCUCUUUCUGUAGCAUCAUUAGUCCUAUGCAUAUCAGAAUACAUUACUGGGCCUACAAUAAUUCACAGCCUUCCACAGCUAACAAAACAGCCAUCAUUCUAGCUGAAUUUAGAAAGAUUGAAUGAUUCACUGAAAAUGUGAUGAAACUUAAGUCCAAUCUAUGAGAGAUGGUAAUUGCUGAGUAAGACAGGUUUUUGAUGUUGGGCAUUAUAUAAGUUCUACUUUUUUCUGAACCUUGAGAAGUGCUUGAAAUCCUUGAUUCCUGCUUAGCUACUCUGUUUGGAAAGCCCAUUCCCUGUUCAAUCGAAACACAAUUAUCUAUUUAAUGAAAACAGCCAAACCCUGUUUAAACAUUUUUAAAAAACAUUCAAAUAAUAAAGAAAUAUAAAAAAAUACAACCAUUCAUAAUUGAUUACAAGAACAUUCAUUAAUUUAUUGAUUAUUGAGCUAAAUCUAAUGCAAACAGUCAUUACUAGAGCUUGGUGCCUGUAUUUAGUUUAUAUAUAUUGGUGGUUACCUCUCCCUGCAGCCAAGCAGGACCGUAACCCUAGGAACACCUAGUCUGCCCCGAGCAGACUCAGGCCCACGAUCUGCCCACUGACACCUGAUACAAUGACCUGAGGCCUGAGUCACACAAAUAGAUCAAUGAAUCAAUGAAUGAAUCAUAGCCAAGGAACAUACACCCAUACACUAUGCAUAGUUGUACAUUACAGGAUGCAGCCUAUGUGUACAGUGUGUAUGUUGUGUGACUGUUAGCUAUGGAAUAGAGAGAGUGAAGUUGUAUUCCUUCCUAAGAUGUCUCAGUCAGUGUCCUUCUCUUAACAUAUUAGUCCGAUGGAGCGCUCUAACUCUGUGUGCCCAUGUGAUUUCCCUUGUCAACUCAUGUUCCCUGCUAAUGUGCCUCAUGAGGCAAACAUACCCUCCUCCUGUAAGGGUUGAGUAGACACUAUGUUUUUCAGCCGGGACUACUCGGUAGGUCCCAGCAGUGGCAGAAACUGGACUGAAGUGAAUUGAUUCGUGGGGGAUUAGAGAUUAAGAUUUCCCCUCCCGCUCAGAUGGGCUUUAGUGGAGUAAAUCUGGGGAUUAUGAUGUCAGAGGCCCGUGCUUGUCAGAGAGGAAAUUUAAUUGUCAGAGGAGUGCUGAUGGCUAGGAUUAUGGCACGGCCAGUGAGGAAAUGUAAGAAUGAGAAGCCAUGUCUGUGCCAUAUUCCUGUACAGUGAAACCUACAGGGAAGAACAUCAACCACUAUUGGAAUUUGAGAGUUGGUGGUCCAUGGCGCUGAGUGGAUUGUUCAGAUGCUUAGUCAGUGAGAGAGAGAGUGUUUUUUAUUAUCUUCUGCCUGCCCUUAAUGCAUCCAUGUCAAGUGCCUGCCCCUGCUGCUGCUAUUGAGGGGCUCACCAAGACCAAGAAGAUGAAGGUGAAAUGGACUCAGUUGGGCAUGGUGUUCUUCCUGUUGCUCUCCCUGGUCAUGACAGGAUGUUUCCUCUGGCAGUACCAGCUGCCAAAGUUACUGCCAGAUGAAGGCAUGGGAGGCAAUGCCAAAUCAGAACGGAUGUGCCCACGCUUCCCUGAGCCUCUCCCCCUGGAACACCCUAUCCCUACCCUGAAAGAGGCACUAGAAAAGGUGGACACACUGCUGCGCCAGAGUGUCAACCCUGCCAGUCUUCCCUCUUUGUCGGCCAUUGUGAUUUUCAAUGACACCGUUCUGUGGACUGGUAACUUUGGCAAGAGGAACGGAAGUGACCCACUCUCAGCUCCACCCAAUGAAUACACCAUCUAUAGGAUUGCCAGCCUUUCAAAGAUCUUCCCAACGCUGAUGCUGUACAGGCUGUGGGAGGAUGGGAAGAUUACCUCUCUGGAUGACCCACUUGAGAAAUAUGUGGAGAACUUCACCAUUAAAAACCCUCUGGGCAAGUCACGGGACUCUGAGCUCAAGUACGUGACAGACGGUCUGAUCUUUCUGGACAGUGGAGAGGUUCAGAUCCGCUCCUCCUCUGUCACCCUGCGCAGGAUGGCCAGCCAGCUCUCAGGUCUACCCAGAAGACUUAGAGCCACCAACCUGCUAUGGAAGGGGAAAACACAGGCUGCAGUGAAUCUGCUGCAGGACGAUGUCCUCGUUGCAGACCCUGGCACCAAAUGCCACUACAGUAACCUAGCCUUCUCCUUAUUGGCCCACGUCAUGGCUGAGAAGGUGGUGGGCAUGGACUACCAGCGCUGGAUCAAUGAUAACAUCCUGGACCGGCUGGGGAUGGAGGAUACAGGCUUCGACAUCACCCCAGGGAUCCACAGCCAGAUGGCUGUGGGCGUCUACUCCAGUGGCCAGCCAGCCCCUCUGUAUGACCUGGGCUGGUACCGCCCCUCAGGCCAGAUGUUCUCCACUGCCGCUGACCUUGCCAAGCUGGCUAUGAUGCUGUUGGGGGCCUACCAUCGCAAGCUCCUGGAGCCUGACACCCUGAAAAUCAUGCUGACCCCUCUGUUCCGCUGUGAUAAGGAUUACUUUGCCAACCGCACCGGCACACCAUGGGAGGUGAAUGAGCAGUUGGGCUACGAGGUGGUGCGUAAAGAUGGAGACCUAGACGGCUACUCAGCCACCUUCUCACUGGUGCCCAGGCUCAAGCUGGGCCUGGUAGUGCUGAUGGCUGGCACCAGACCUCAGAAGCAGGAUGUGUUGGCCAAGGCUUACAGCCACAUAAUACCCGCUAUGGAGAGGGCUUUCCGGGAGUCCAAGAAGAUCCUCAUCCCUCCCCCUAAUCCAGACCCUUACAUAGGCUUCUUCACCUACGGAAACAUCACUUUCUAUGAGAUCAAAGCUGGGGCAGAUGGAGUUCUGAUCAUGCAGCAGUUUGGUCCCCAGAUUGAGGACCUGAUCCCAGAGAGAUAUCGGACAAUAAAGCUCAACUACCUGGUGGACAGGGUGUUUAGGGUGGUGUUUGAGAAAGAGUACCCUUGUGUCUUGCGGGUCAGCACCGCGUCUGUCUCCCUUGAGGCCCAAGACGGGCAGCUCUUUAACUUUUAUGUGUUUGACAAGCGAGGUCUGUCCCCUGGCUUCGAUGCACCAGGACUGAAUACAUACAAUGUGGUCAGGAUAGCCCAUAGGCCGACUUUCUCGAACUAACUGAACUCAUACAUUGGAAAGGCGCAUGAAUGUGCAGGAUGAAGGUCCUGUUUGGGUCUGUCGCCUAUAUUUAAUAGUGAUAAUCUAUAUUGAAAGAGCACAUUGCUGCAGGACAGUGAGUGGACAAUACCAUGAUGCAUUGCAAAAUAAGGUACACAGCUAGACAAAAAGGUGUUUAAUUUACCCAUUGUUGUCAACUCUUGUACAUAAUGUUUUCUUUGAUUUCCAUGUCAAAUAAUGGCAUUGUACAAAUUCAUCAUUUUUAUACAGUUGGUAACCUGACCUUAAACAUAUUAAACUGUACACAUUUACUGUAUUGUGGCACAGUAAUAGAGGGGUUGGUUGUUUAGCAACAAAACCGAUGCGCGUGCAAUCAUGGGGCAAAAUAGACAGGUUUGGUUUAGAUUGUUGACAACAUGUAAACUAUAUUUAGUCUCUUGAAAACAUAAAUACAUUUGCACAAUGAGAACUUGUUGUCUCUCAAAUACAUUGUUACAGUUGUUGGUGAGCUAGCUAGCAACUUUUUGCCAUAUUAGCAUUGACAUGACAUCAGUCAAAACACCUCAAAACAAGACAUGGUAUCAAUAACAAGAUGGCAUGAGCUGAAACAAGCCCCACAUGGCAGUUUCUUGCCGUUCUUUCUAACAAUCUGGCCAUCCAGAAUGACAACAACAUGCUGUCUUCUGCCCCAUGGAAGCGUGCACAUCGUAUUCGUGAUGUUGUCAGCUAUCCCAUCUAUUGAGUCUUUCCUAUGUUCUGCACAUUGUUACUUUUAUCAGUUUGUUCUGUCCUUACAUUGCAUUUGUAAGAAACAACUGCAUGGAAAUAUGGCAUGCGGGAAUCAAUCAACACAAUUAAAUUGUAACACUUUAAUUUGCAUGUGGAAGUUCAUUCUUGUUCUUGCCCUAUGAAUUUCAUUUUGAUUAAUCAAAACAUGUAUUUAUUUUUAUUUGUUAUCAAUGAAUUGCCUGAUCAUUUUUGACCUACGAAAAAUCCACAAGAUAUGUUCAUGCCAAACAGAAAUUAAGUCUCAUUUUUAAAUAGUGAUCAUGUUGGCAUGUUUUGGCAAGGAGACCUUUUACAGUAUCUGUAGCCAUACUGUACAGUAAGUAUACUGUAUGUGAGAACAGACCAAAAUGCUUUUGGCAGUCCAACCUUUGAGCAAAAAUAUAUGCUUAAAAGGGGGAUUGGGAACAUAGUGGUAUAGUUCCAGGAAUGACUGUGCACGUUAUCAUCCCAAUUCGGACUCAUUUAAAUCCUCCUUAUGAAUAGAUUUAUAUGACAAAUAUCUGUAGCUCAUAAACUGACUCACAAAGAAUAACCUUAUGUGGUCCUCUUCUUUGGCAUUUAGAUUUUCUAAUGUAAUACUAAGUAGGGGAAAAACAUACAGCUAUGACUAACUAAUGUUCCCUCAAAGAGGGAAACAAGGUACAACACACCUAUGGGGGAGUUUGAGUGCUAGCGCCCUCUACUGCCUAACCAGAAGCCCCGCCCUCCACAGGUGGUAAACCUGAGGCACUGAUUCAUUCCUUCAAUUCAGUUCCUCUCUUCACCAAGCCCAAGAACAGGUGUUGUACCUCAUUUCCCUCCUUCAGGGACCCGUAGUUAUAGUAAUAUCGGUAUGUUCCCUUUUAGGUCAACUUGGUUCAAUAGCUAUGGGGACAUGAAAUUAAGCCCUAAACCGACCCCAGUGGACACCAAAUGAAAUGGCCCAUGGCAGACCACCCAGAGUUCCAACCCAACAGGUUGGUACCCGGUAUUGCGCAAUAAGCGUGCUGCCUAGUGACCCUCUUCUGCCUCAGUCGUAAGCACACUGUGGGCUACACUAGGGUCAGUGAAAUCCAAGCAAUAAAACCUCAAAAGUGUGGUGAUGCCUAACUCGGCGCAGCACAAAUAACUCUAACAGGCAACCCUCCACACAACAAGAUGCCACCAGACCGCUGGUGGAGUGGGCGCAUACACCAUUAGGUAAUCGCUGCCUUUUGCUGUCAUUUGCCAGAGAAAAUAGCCUCCACAAUCCAGUGGGAGGGUUGCUGCUUAGCCGGAUUAGCAAAACAGACAACAAAUUGAUCAUACAAACAGACACCCCAAAAGCAUCUUAAGGCUAAAUUCAUUGUUAGGACCUUCAUAAGAGCAUAUACACAUUUUCAAGCCAUUUCCCA